UUAAGUAUAUGGUUUGCAUUUGUCAGCAGUUAAGAUCAAGUUUGGAUACUCCGAACAUUUCUUUAAUUUAGAGAAGAAGUAGCUAUAAAGACAUGAUCUAAAUCAGCAGGACUAUAUCUAUCAACCUGCGAGGUUAGAGUAAGAACUUUUUUGAUAAAUUUCUUAAAGAUUACAAGAAUGCUGAUAUCAGAUACCAUUGUUGGUAACAGUGUUUGUGUACAAGUUUCAAAAUAGUUAGCAUACAAGUAUCAGGUGCUAAGCUGACUUUUUGGUAGCACACUAACUGGUGCCGAGAAACUAGACCUGAUAAUUAAGUUCGCAAUUCUCAAAUGAGUUCCAGUAGCUGAUACAAUUCAGAAUUCAAAUGUUAAAAAUUAAUUUAUGAACAAUUAGCCUCGUGUUUGUUUUGUUGUCGGGACAUUCUCGACCUAAAGAUCGCAAUCUCAUCAAAAGCAAAUGAAUUGAUCUACUCGAGAAUUAAACGAUAAGAUUCUGUCUCAGCAAUAUUUUAAUUAACAUAGUGUAUAGUAUCAACACUUGUGACACACCAAUGUUAUUGAGUAAGGUAAAAAUAAUAGUUUAAAUCUGAUACCUAUAAUUUUGUACUUUAAUCAAAUUCAAUACCAAAAUUAGAGUAAUUUUCUUUCAGAAAUAGUCCAGUUUGCACUCAAAUAAAUAGUUGGUUCAAUAGGUAUGAUGUUUUAGUUUUGAUUUUCAUUUAUAGCUUAAAUCAACUGAUACACUACAACUUGAUAUACAUUAAGUACCUUGAUCU